AAUCCCCGCCCUCGCUGCCGCGCGGCCCCGCCCCCGCCGCGCCUGGCCGAGGCGAGCGGAGCCGCGGGCGCUGCGGGCGGACAAGAUGGCGGCGCCGGGCGAGUACUUCAGCGUGGGCAGCCAGGUGUCCUGCCGCACCUGCCAGGAGCAGCGCCUCCAGGGCGAGGUCGUCGCCUUCGACUACCCCAGCAAGAUGCUGGCGCUCAAAUGCCCCUCUUCCAGUGGCAAGCCCAACCACGCAGACAUCCUGCUCGUAAACUUACAGUACGUGUCAGAAGUGGAAAUAAUCAAUGACCGCACGGAAACGCCUCCCCCUUUAGCCUCCCUCAACGUCAGCAAGCUUGCCAACAAAGCACGGACGGAGAAGGAGGAGAAGAUGAGUCAGGCGUAUGCAAUUAGUGCUGGUGUCUCUCUGGAGGGGCAGCAGCUCUUCCAGACCAUCCAUAAGACCAUCAAAGACUGUAAAUGGCAGGAGAAGAACAUCGUGGUGAUGGAAGAAGUUGUCAUUGCCCCUCCGUACCAGGUGGAGAACUGCAAAGGCAAAGAGGGGAGCGCCCUGAGCCACGUACGCAAAAUAGUGGAGAAACACUUUCGGGACGUGGAAAGCCAGAAGGUCCUGCAGCGUUCACAAGCACAGCAGACACAGAAGGACACGUCCCUGUCAUCCUGAGGCCACCUGGGCUCUGCUGUCCCCGUGUCCCCUCCCCGGAGGCGGCACCGGGGGCACCUUCAACUUUUAUUUCCUUUUUUUUUUUUCUUUUUUUUUUCUUUUUUUUUUUGGGGAAUCUCAACCAAUUCCAAACUUUAGACUUUAAAACAAACGAGAAAAGAGAAUAAUUUAAAGCUCCUCACGCAUUACUUGACUAACAGACUUUGUUUUUCCGCCAUGGUUUCUCCCUCCAGCCAGUCAGACUCUGUUAAUUUUAUUUUUUGGUGUUUUUUUUUUUUUUUUCUUCCCAAUUCCUGCCUCCCUCUUUUCCCAAAACCCCCCAGAAAAUAAAACUAACGAGCUGACUGUGGUGGCCGACCCGGGACCCCUGUGACCAACGUGGUCUCGUUUUAAUUUUGUUUGCACAGGGCAAGGCUUGAACUAGUCUUAUUUUUCUUAUCUUUAAAUAUAUAUAUGAAUAUAUAUUAAAAUGUUCUUUAAAUAUUUGUCUGCUUCUAGCAGGGUUGUGGCAAAAUAUCCCUCUAACACCCCCCUGGGAGCAGCCAGAACCUGGAUUUGGGGUUUUCCCCCCAUUUCCUUUAUGUUUUUAAAUUUUUUGCCCUUUUUCAUUUAAUUUUUAAUUUCUUUUUUAAUUUUAAAUUUUUUUUUUGCCACGACCCAACCCCUCCCUUGUUUUGUUUCCUUUUGUUGUUUUUUGGGUUUUUUUAAUUAUUAAAGAAAAAAAAAAAAAAGCAGAUCAAACUCAAAACAAUUCAAGCCCUGCCUUUAGGAAAGUUAAAGAUUAAAAAAAAAAUUAAAAAAAGAAAAAAAAAAGGAAAAUUUUUUAGUCUUGUUUAGCAAAAAACAAUAAAAACCCGAAAUUUUUUUAACCAUCA